GCGCAUGCGCACACCUGCGUUUAGUUUUUCUCGGAAGUCACAAACUCCUGCAAAGCUAUUGUUUCUCUUCUGGAUAAGUUAAAGACUUUCACCGGUGGAGAAUGACCUAGAUGAUUUUGUACCUGAAAUUUCCCAGAGGUCCUCCUGAAUGAUGCGGGUCCCGCUGUGGUUGUGUGUGUGUGUCCUGACGCUGGACUCGAGCGCGAGCCACACACUCUUCACCUGUGAGCCGGUGCGAGUGCAGUGGUGUGUCCACAUGCCCUACAACACCACCUUCUUCCCCAACAUGCUGGAGCACUACGACCAGGACAUCGCUGCGCUGAAGAUGAAGCUCUUCAUGCCGCUGGCCAGCCUGCGCUGUUCUCCAGACGUGCAUCUGUUCCUGUGCCAGGCCUUCGUUCCCGAGUGCCGGGAUCACACACGUGUGCUGCGCCCGUGCCGAGAGCGGUGUGAGCGAGUGCAGUCCGACUGUAGCAGAGACAUGCUAACCUUCGGAAUCAGCUGGCCGUCAGAGCUGCGGUGCGACCGAUUGGAAUCGUGCCGCUUUUCUCCGGACGGUUCUGCCGUCUCAGCUGUAGAGGAAUUGACCACGUCCAGAAGCUCCCCGUCAUCUGGUCGGGAUCUGGGGUUCUGGUGUCCGCUGCAUCUGAAGACUCGGACCGGUCAGGCCGGCUCUUUUCUCGGGGCUCAAGACUGCGCUCCGCCCUGCGACAACAUGUUCCUGAAACCACACGAGGUUCAAUUGGCGAAGACCUUCAUCGGCGUGUGUUCCGCCGUGUGCUUGUGUGCAACUCUCUUCACAUCUCUCACAUUCCUCAUCGAUGUCCAGCGGUUCCGCUACCCUGAACGGCCCAUCAUCUUCUACUCCGUCUGCUACACUUGUGUCUCUCUGGUGUAUUUCAUUGGUUUUCUGCUGGAUACGGAGGCGGCGUGCGUGGAGCCGAGUGUGCCGGGCCGCGCGGCUACGGUGGUGCUAGGAGCCCAGAGCCGCGGCUGCACGCUGCUCUUCAUGCUGCUCUACUUCUGCUCCACCGCAGGGAUGGUGUGGUGGGUCAUCCUCACCAUCACAUGGUUUCUGGCCGCAGGGCCCAAGUGGAGCUGCGAGGCCAUCGAGAAGAAGGCGGUGUGGUUCCACGCGGUGGCCUGGGGUCUCCCCGGAGCGCUAACAGUUUCGCUGCUAGCACUUGGGAAGGUGGAGGGAGACGGCGUGAGCGGCGUGUGCUUCGUCGGCCUGUACGAUCUGGCAGCGCUACGCUGGUUCGUCGUGGCACCGCUAGCCCUCGGGGUUCUGGUCGGCCUGUCGCUGCUGCUCGCCGGCAUCGUGUCUCUGAACCACGUGCGGCAGGUGAUCCAGCACGACGAGCGCAACCAGGAGAAGCUGAAGAAGUUCAUGAUCCGCAUCGGCGUGUUCAGUGGCCUGUACCUGCUGCCGCUGCUGGCGCUGCUCGGCUGCUACCUGUACGAACAAGCCCAGCGCGAGUCCUGGGAGAACAGCUGGAUCCGCCGGCACUGCCAGGAGUUCAGCAUCCCCUGCUCCCGCCGCAGUGUGGAUGUGGAGCGGCCUGAGCUCUCCCUGUUCCUCAUCAAGUAUCUGAUGACGCUGGUGGUGGGAAUAUCAGCCGUGUUCUGGGUCAGCAGUAAGAAGACCUGCUGGGAGUGGGCCUCAUUCUUCAAGAGAACGCGCAAGAAAGACCCCAUCAGCGAGAGCCGGCGUGUCCUGCAGGAGUCCUGCGAGUUCUUCCUCAAGCACAACAGCCGUGUUCAACAGCACAAGUCCAAACACUACAAGUCCUCCUCACACAAGCUCAAGGUCGUGUCCAAGUCCACGGGCACCAGCACAGGCAUGCACACACCCGUCACCGGUAACCAUGACAACACGCCUGUCACCGGUAACCAUGACAACACACCCGUCUCCACGGCGAUCCACAACCACAGUGUGUGUGAUGCGCCUGGUUCCUCCGAACGCAUCGGGUCGAUGGAGAGACGCAGUAGAGCCGACGCUGAAAGCGCACACAGGUUGACUCCCAAAGAUGAAGUGGAGGCUGGCCAGAGCUCCGCCCACUGCAGCAACAGCCAAUGAGAGCUCAGGCAGAUACUUCUGGCUCCGCCCCCCACAAGCUCUGUGCUUUUCAUUAUUGAUGUCCACAGCACUGGAAUGUGUUUUCGAGGCUGUAAUGUUCACGCAGCCGAUGCUUCUCACAGGAUCCGUCUCGACUGACAGUUUUAUGAGUUUGUCUGUUGUGUUGUUGAUUU